UGGUUAUUAAAUGUGCCUGAAACUAAACUAGAGAAAAACUGAAAUAGAAUUCAAGAAAGUUAUAGGGAGAAAUCAAAAGACUGGAAACAGUUAUCUCUGCCUUCUUUUUCUUUUCCCCUCCAUUUACCUUACCUUUGUCACAGUUUAAAAAUCCUAUUGCACUUUUCCUAGUCUCAAAAAGCAUUCCUCAGCAGUGCUGUCAAUUCCUAUCUUGAUCUGAUUUAAGAAAAUAUUUCUGAGUACAUACUUUGUUGCCACAGCCUUUUCAACCUCAAGAUUAAAUAACUAUAGUACUUACUGUUUCUCUGGACUGUACAUUCUACAAAUCACAGAUGACGCAGAAUGUAAUCUUUGUAAAAUGCAUACCUCAGUUUGACAGUAAUGCCCUAUAACAUGCAGUAUCUGCUGAUUUUUGACCUUUACUACUUUGAAUGGCAUACAGUUUGCUUUUUUGGACAGUUACCUUCUGUUUCCAAUACAGAAAUCCUGUAAUAAUACCAAUGUAUUCAAAAAUUGGAAUUGAAGUUCUGUACCUGGCUAAGUGAAAUAUCCAAAUAGCAGUCUCCACCUCGUGCUCCCCAAGAAUUCAUUUAAUACAGGUCAUACAUUUCCUAUUGUUCUAAUCCCUGUCCCACUUCAGUUUGUAGAUCAAACUUCAGGAAUAAACAUAUUGUUCAAAUACGUUUAAGACACUGACCGUCACACUGUGCAUUAACGAUGCCUCAUGUUUUUUCCUUUCAAGUAAGCAUAUGAAUAGAUCCACAACACACUCUCACUUUCUUUUUCCUUCUCACUUCAGCGUAGAAGAAAGCAAUUACUGCGCUUACACUUGUGCUUCAGAGGCAGGCAGUGCUAUGUUUGCAGCUGACAAGGUCUCUACCUAGGGAGCUGGUCUCAGACACUUCCUACUAUUGGCCAACUCCAUGAGAGUGAUCCGCCUUGCAGCAAGGCUGGGCUGCAAACAGGCAGAACCAGAUUCCCCACGUAGAAAGUAAUCAAUUUGCCUGUCUACUGCAGUUGCAGAAGUCAGCUUCUCUCUCGCACUGCUGCACUUGAAGAUGAACCCUUGGACAAUUAUUUAAGGACUAGGAGCAGAAAGCGUGCUGAAAAGACUUACUGGAAUGCCACUCAAGACACAGUACUUGGGAAAAUACUCAAAACAAUAUUUGUCUCAUUAUACUCAAGCUUAGCCUCCAGAGCUCCUUUCUAAAGGAUAACGUGUGCCAUCAGCACUGGAUUCAAAGAUGUCUUCAAGCAAAUCCUUGAAAUACUUUCCUACGUUCAAAAUCAAACAGGGAAAUUUAGACUGACCGCAGAGGCCAGGCUGAAAGCUAUGCCCAAAGCCAUAUGAAAGGUACGUUUCUCAGAUUUGCUAGAAAAUCAUUCCCACUAAAAAAGUCCAGCAUCACAUUAACAGAUCUCUGUUAAUAUAAUUCUCAGAGUGAGUUUAAAUAUCUCCAGUGAAGCAUGCACAACAGUUAAGGUAGAAAACAUAACUAAAUCUACUUUCUAUUAAAUAAGAAACACUACUGAAUUGUGUGCUAAUAUGUUGUAUAAAUAUGUCAGUAAAAAUUGUAUUAAGUUCACAAAUGGCAAUGUAAAGUGACAGAAAUCCAAAGAAGCUUAUAAAAUCUUCAAUACCUGAUGUUAAUUAUACUGAAUUCACUUCUAUUUAGUAUUUUCAUACUGAACUACAAGUUCUUGCUUGCUGUAGUUCAGUAAUCAUCACUUUAACUCGACAGAUAAGGGAAGUCAAGGAAAAAACGGAGAAAAAAAUUUGUGUGGCUGAACUAAGAGCUUAAAACGUAUAUUCAAGCCAAAAUUCUGACCCCUAGGCAGAUUGUCUCAAAGGCCAAAGUGCUUGCUUUCAACUGAAGAUGAAAAUUUUCUAGUAUUUCCAAAAAGAUUUAAAGUUAUUCAUUUUCCUUCAUCAAAUAAAGAAUUAUGAUAAAACAAGAAUUUGAGUUUCUCAUCUCUUCCUUCACAAAGUCCCCCCAUCCACCACUCCCCCCCCCAUGCCAUGUUCUUAGUUAUUUUAAGUUCUAGAUAAUAAGCCAUAAUCUACCAUAAAAAUUGGAUUGGACUACAAAUUACUGUCUAUGGAAACGCAAAAGAUAACAAAAAAGCCAAGGGAAGACUUAACUGUGCACAUCUGAAGAUAAAUUAAAAACUUUAGGUUUUGAUUAAGCCCUACAGAAACUGGGUUAAAGGGGAGAUUGUUCUUACAUCACCUUCCUUGAACUCAAAACACUCACCUGCUAAUUUUACUACCGUACAAAGUGAAGUUGCUGAGUUCCAAAACUACUUUUAAUGCCUAUAGACCACUGCUAACAUGGAUUGUCUUUACACUUUGAUUACAGAAAAACAAGCUAAAAGAAACUAAAAGAGCUAACUCCCUGAGUUGCAAGAGAGGUAAAGAACAAAGAAAAAAGCUGAGCUCAAGAAUCAUGAGAGAUCGCCUUCAGGAGCUUAAGCUCCGAGCCAAAGAACUACAGAUGGCUGGAGAAAAUAACUGUCCACCUGUACGAGAUGAGCAGGAAGAGUUUGAACAGCAGGCCAUUAUUUAUGAAAGGGAGCCUAUAACCGAAAGGCACUUCCAUGAAAUCCAGAAGCUUCAGAACGAGAUCAAUAAUUUGGUGGAGGAAGUUCAAAAAUUCAGUCAACAACAAAAAAGUCUAGUAUCUUCAAUGAGAAGGUUCAGUGUUCUUAAAAAGGAAUCUAACACAGCAAGAGAAAUAAAAAUUCAAGCAGAGCAUAUACGAAAAGGUUUGGAUGAACUGUCGAAAACAGUGAAAAAAGUUGAAAGUGAAUAUGGGUUAUCACGUGCUAUAGUAAGAAUUCUAGCUUCCCAGCACACUUUCCUGUCCCGGUGUUACCUAAAUGCUAUGCUUUCAUACAAUGAAGCUAUAACAGCCAAACAAGAGAAAUGCAGAAGAUUUAUUGUUCGUCAGCUUGAAGUAGCUGGUAAAGAGGUAUCUGAGGACGAAGUCAAUGAUAUGUUCCAACAAGGAAAAUGGGAGAUUUUCAACGAAAAUCUACUCACCGAAGCCAAAAUUACUAAAGCUCAGCUUUCAGAGAUUGAACAGAGACACAAAGAACUAAUCAGCCUAGAGAGUCAGAUCAAAGACUUGAAGGACCUUUUCAUCCAGAUAUCAGUUCUGGUAGAAGAGCAGGGGGAGAUGAUCAAUAACAUUGAAAUCAGUAUGAACAACACUCAAGAAUACACCCAAAUAUCUAGAGAAAAAUUUGGACUUGCAGUCAGGUAUCGAAAAAGAAACCCUUGCAAAGUAAUAUGCUGCUGGUGUUGCCCAUGCUGCAAGUAACAAAGCAGCAGCUCUUAUGCAGGAAACUGAACCUAUCAACCAACCCCAGGAUUCUUUCAUUGCUUCAUUUUUCUUCUCUUUUCCCUUUCCACACUUCCACUGAGGAAAAAAUUGCACCUGUUUUUCCAAACUGAGUUCAAAGACUGGAAUGAGAUCUUCAUCUGUGCCUAAAUUUUUAUGAUUUCCAUUGAAACACAUACACUAGAGGAAAAGAUCAAAGGAGACAAAUAACACUUCCUUGUUUUUCCACUCAUAAGAAGCAUCAACAAAACAAUGUACCAAUCAUGCCAUAUGUGCUUUUGGGAAACAUCAAAAUUAUUGUAAAUCUCAGGAUUCACAAGACCAGUUGAAUUACCUGUUAUAAAAUAAUCAGUAUUCUUUCAAUUGCUGGUUUUUGUUGUUGUUUGGAUUGGUUUGUUUUUUUUUU